UGUUGACGUUCCGUUCCGUAAUGGCGGAGGUCAGUGGGAAAGUGGGAGCCGGUGUAUUCACAAUUUGUCCUUUUAAAACAAACCGUGCAUUCUCAAUAACCAGUCGUUCUCGUGUUGUCGUUUUUGGGGCAUUUUUCAGUCUGAGGAUAUUCGAGAAAAAUAAUUAUAACGCUCAUCAGCCCGAAAAGCAGAGCUCCAGGACGUACUGCUCUCUUCUCCUGCACGUGACCGAGAAACCGCCGCGCUGUCCCGCUGCUCUGAUCAUCACCCGAUCUCACAGCUACAACAACAACUCUUCACUUCACACGAGUAAAACCGCGUAUUAUGACAUUCUGCGGGUUUCCCCGAACGCCACGCAGACCCAGAUCAAGACAGCGUACUACCGCCAGAGCUUCCGCUACCAUCCGGACAGGAACGCGGGCAGCGAUGAAGCCGUGCGCCGCUUCUCCGAGAUCAGUGAAGCGUACACGGUGCUGGGGAGCGUCAGCCUCAGGAGGAAGUAUGAUCGCGGUGUCCUGAGCUUGGCGGACGUCCAAAGUGCUGGGAGACCCUCUCGGAAAGACUCGGAUCAUCAUCAUCCUCAGCCGCAGAGGCGGCGCUUCCGGUCCGUCCCGGGCGCAGGAGAAAAGCCCAUGUUCGACUUCGACGCUUUUUUUCGAGCGCAUUACGGAGAGCAGCUGGAGAGAGAGCAGACCCUGCGCCGGUGGAGAGAGCAGAGAGAACAGAUACGACAAGAGGACUUCCGGAAAUGGAAACUGGAAAAGGGGACUGAGAUGGCGGUCGGUGCACUGCUGGUUGGAGGGGUUGUUCUUCUAUUCAGUCUGAAAUCAUAAUAUUUUCCAUUCGCUCACAUUUUUAGACAUGUAGACUGACCCGUAGGUUUACACCAGGGGUGUCCAAUCUUAUCCGGAAAGGGCCGGUGUGGGUGAGGUUUUCAUUCCGACCAGUCUGGAGCCACACCUGAUUCCACCUGUUUAAUCAGUUGAACUUGGCUUCCAGUAGACUCAGGUGUGGCUUCUGCUCGGUUGGAAUGAAAACCUGCACCCACACCGGCCCUUUCCGGAUAAGAUUGGACUCCCCUGGUUUACACUCUCAGAAAAAAAGACUGUCACUUAAAAGGUGCAAUAGUCUUUAUCCCCCCUACUUGUACAAACAACCUGGAAGAUAUGUACAACAUGCAGAAUUAUAAAGGGUCAACCUGUGGCCUUGAAGUCCACAUGAAAUCAAAAUGGCGGUUUUUAGUACGAAUAUGUCAGCCUUAACGUUAUCCAUAAGUGAUAAGUGCGCUCCAAAACAAUGACAAAAUUCGCAUUUAGAAUAUAUAUAUAUAUAUAUAUAUAUAUAUAUAUAUAUAUAUAUAUAUAUGCGUAUUCAAAAUGUACAGUCUCUCGCUACCACCGAUACGGAUCGACGAUUCUGAUGACAUCAUUCUGCACUUCAGAGUCUCAUCAGAUUUUCUGUCCAAUCAAACGCUUUGUAGAAUCCGAAGUGUCCCGCCCACAAACGUUAUAAAUAUGACCUCGCCGAAGUUGCCGCUGUUGAGCGAGAGAAAUCGUAUUCGCAAGCAAAUGUGUCUUUGGCUGUUCGAACGCUGGUUCGUUUGCUUUGUCGGUAGAAGAUUCUGCGAGGUUCUCUGGAACAGCUGAAGGAGAUGGAGGAAAAAACUUCCACAGGUGAAUCCAACGCGUCAUCGUCGUCGCUCAGGCUCACGUCCAUGGAGCUGACUAUCGAGUACGGCUUAACUCGGGCUGUGAGGUAAGCUAAAAUCUAUUGGCCAUUUAAAAAGGGGGAGGGGCUACUCGAUAUGUCCCGCCCUGACUUCCUGUUUCAGCGUAAAUGACGUCAACACAUCGAAGAACGCUGCACGUUUCGAGGCACUUCACAAGGACUUUAACACAAGUAUGUAUUGAAAGUGCAUUAGUGCUCUAACAGUUAGCUGUUAGAGACCCGCCCAUGUUCACGAAGCUCCGCCCCGGAUCUACAGUGGUCCCUAGAGUGUCUAUACGAUGAUUGACAGGAGCCACAUCCGAACACAAACAAGCCCUUUUGGACCAGAAUUCAGUUGUCCAAACGUGUUUUCUCGAGCAACUUUAUCCACUUUUGCUAAAGCCAUGGCUUCAUGUUUUUUUUCGUUUUUUUUCAAAUCAUGUCUUCCAGGUUAUUUGUACAAGCAAAAAAACUAUCAUUGGACCUUUAAGUGGCUUAAAGACACUUUAAUGGGCGGGAAUAUGGCCGUGGGCUCCAGGAUUUUUCAAAAAUAAAUAUUUCAAAUGUCGAAUUCACCUACUUAACUGUUAGAGGUCUUAGCUUUAAAAAAAAAUCUCGUAACCUAAUGCACCUUUAAGGACCGUUGUUGGAUCUUUAGAUUAGAUUUUAGAGUUAGAAAGUGCAGGAAACCAACUCUGGUCCUGGAUUACCCCACAUGUCCUGCACAUGUUUUCACUGCUCAAGAAUUCAGCUGAUAAUAAGAUAAGAUAAGAUAAUACUUUAUUAAUCCCCAGAUGGAGAAAUUAGGGAUUAAGCUAAUUAUCUGAAUCAAGCGUGUUGGGAGCGGAGAAAACAUGAAAAAUGUUGAGGACGGGACGUAUUCUGUGACGAACCGGAUUGGAAAUCUGUGCUUUACACUACAUGCACCUCUCCAGGUAAAAGAUACGUACUAGAGUCACAUCAAAUAGUGACUUAAUUAAGCUUGGAGCUUGAAUGAAUAAUGUAGUAAUAUUAAUAAAUAAUAAACAACUCAAUCGUGGCAUGUCUCACAAAGAACGAUGAAACUGGGAUGAAACGUCUCACGGGACAUCUUUUAGCCUUUUUAAAUAAUAAUAAAUUUUGUGUAAUGUAAUAUAUCAUUUUCUUUGGUUUAGGAAAUUCGAUACGGUUCCCAAGGUACACGUGUUUUCCCGAGUUCCGCUAGCUUGUCUUUCAAUUUCAGUUGAUUCAAUUCAUUUAGAAACUUCCGGAUCGUGAACGCAGCCGGAUAGAUGUUGAUUCUGUUUAAUGUAUGCACCUUACUUGGAUCAUGUAGAGCUUUAAAAUGCACCAAGCGCUGACGUGUUAUUUAUUUUAUCCCUGGAAUUUUAGCUCCUGUUUAACGGGCUGAUUUGAAUAUCCUGUCUAACUCCAGCUGUUCACAACUGCAUCAUUUGCACAAUACUCAUUUUAGGAUACAACAAAUGUAACCUCAUGACACUUACAGCAUGAAUACCUCAGGGUGUUGAAUAAAAGCCAUGGUGUGUUUGA